UUGAUAUUGAUUACGCAAUAACCGCUCGUAAAAUAUUCGUCAUCCCAUCAGGUCGAUCUCUAUAAAGUGUGAAUUUCUUGUCUGACACUUCCGUUCAUGCAACUGGUCAAGAUUUCAGACCGACUGUGUUUGCCUUCACCGACAACUUUUCAAUUUAUAUUGCACUACAAAAUAUUUUUUCUAAUUUUCCUAUUAUCCGCAGCCUUACUCACUAAAUUAUAGGAAAAUUUCAAAGAAAUAAACAUAUUGUCUUGUAUAAGAUUCCAGGACAUUUUACAAUUCAUGGAACGAAAAGGUGGAUUAUAUCGCAAAAUCAAUCACAAAUUAUAGCCAUAAGUUCACUGGAUUGCAUCGGAGGACAUCCUUUUCCAUAUGAAAGAAAAUUAAAAGGAAAAAAAAAAAAACAUCAGAAAAAUUUAGCCAUAUCAAGUAUUAUGAAGAAUUUGAAGACAUUUCCAAUAUCAGAGCUAUCGCUAUAAACAGAGAAGGGAAGAUAUAAUUAAUGCAAGAAUUCUCAACAAAAUAUUAAUAACAUCAGACCUUUUAAAUAAAUUUGGUCUUUCGAAAAACCCAAUUUACAAUUCAUGGAAAUUUAUUAGGACGAUAUUCUACUUCAUUGUUCAAGAUCCUCAACUAUUCGACGCGUUUGAUGGAAUAAACAGUAACCUUCAGAUGCAAGAAACUCAUUAGCAAAAUUUUUGUGAAUAAACAAAAUCCUUAUAUUUUCCUCAAAAUCUUUUAUUUGUGUAUUUUUACAUUUAUUACAUUGAAUCUGUGUGAAUACGGGAUGACAGCCUCUGCAGUUAAAAAUCCCCAAAUUCUCAUUAAUCAAUAAAUCAAUACAAGCUUGAAACAUUUGUAGUGUGGAUGCUAUAAAUUUCACAGCUGUAUUCUACAGCGAUUUUUUUUUCUUUUUUCCUAAAAGUUUUACAUUGAAGAGCUGAAAUUUUCCUAUCUUCCACAGGUAAAACUACUUAUAUUUUCCAAUAAAGGAACACUAACACAAAUGGAGAAGCAUUUUGAUCAGUGGUCUUCUUGCGACGACAACAUGGAGAUACAAAUCGAUUCAAGCCAUGAUGAAACUUGUGUUAACGCAGAAAGAUCUUUUGUGUAUAAUUCAAUUCCUCUUUAUUCUGAAGAAGAAGCUCAAGCUUUAGCAAAAAGAUUAGAUAACGAUGAAACAUUUAAAGAAGCAAUGAAAAUUUUAAUUGCAUGGUUAGAAAGAGGGGAAUGUAACGAGAUAAAUUCGGCGUGCUUUUAUUUUUUGAUUCGACUAUGUUGGAAUCGUGUUGAAAAACUUCAAGUUGAGGAGAAAGAAUACCAGGAGAAAAUUAAACGUUUAAAGAAAAGUGUAGUGAGCAGAAGUUAUUGCAUUCAACUUAAGCUGAUUGAAAUUGAAGAAAUAUUCAGUACAAUAGAAAAGCAAAACUUGUGGACUUGUUUCACUCAGGAUCAUUUGGAAAAAAUACAAGAGAUGAGAGAAGAUCUUUUGAAUUUCAAGCGAAUUAUUUUGGAAGAUUGUGUAUUGGAAAAAGAGUCAGAUGAUAAGAAUAUUGAAGAUGAACAAGCAGAAAGUAGUGUUCAUGAAAUGCAAGCUAAACUUGGUAGUUUAACUUCUGAAUUAGAUAUUGUUUAUGAAAAAACUGAAGAAAUGCCAUUAAAAUAUGAAGAAAAUAAAAAUGGAAUUCUAAGACUAAGGAUAAAAAAGGAAAAGUUCAAGGCACGUGAAAAGAAAGAGUAUCUGAUUAUAAAAAGAGAAGAAAAACCAUGUCUUCUUGUUGAGGUUGCUCCUCAGUCUUAUAUAGAUAAAAAGGAAAUCCAUGUUAUUUCUUUAAUUUCUAUUUUUUUGUUUGAAUUUCCAAAUGAAGCAGUUGUAAAAAGUAUUUAUUUCCAUUUAAAGAAAUGCUUUAAAAACACUAAUGCACGCUUUAAUAUGACAGAUGUAGAAAAUUUGUUGAGGAAAUAUCCAAACAUUUUUAAAGAAACCAGGCUUCUUUUUCCUGAGGUGGUAAGAAAAUGGAGUUGUAUAAGUAUCACUCCGGAAACCAGGAAAAAAAUAAUUGAUAAGAAAUUACAUAUUCAGAAAUUACCUACGAUAAUUGAGAAGAAAUUGCCGAACGAGAAAGUGCCCAAUAAGAAAUAAAUAUAUACCUCCAAAAAUAUUUAAUGGUUCAAUUAAAAUUUUAAAAAAUGUUUUAAUGAUUUAAAAUUUGUAAAAAUGUAGUGUUUGAUUAAAUGUGACUAAAUUUAUAUAAAGAUAAGCUACAUCAACUUAUUUUAUGUGGAAUUAAUGAACAGUAACUCUGUCAAUUAUGUAUGCAAUAAGACUGCAAUUUCCAUUGUAAAUAGUGAGUAUUUGUUUUAUUCCAGUUGAACUGAAAGACAUCAGUUGUAUAUGAAUAAGGAGGAAAUAGUUCCAACUUUAAUUUUUGUUUUAGUGUGCACCUCAUUUUAUUAAAUUAGAUGCUGUUGAUAAUAAAAACAUCAGUGUCAUGGUUUAUCAACUGAAGAAGUUACAGUGAUCUGAUUAGAAGUUUUUUGUGAAUAAUUUUUUUCUCCUGUGUUUACUGAAACUUGCGGAUUAAAGCAUCAGUACAAAUGUACUUUUCUUUUUUGUCUUUUGUAGUGUUGCACUUUCUCGCAAUUCUUUUUGGUAUAUCAAUACUAUUCCAGUAUUAUUUUUGUUUGUACUCUGUGUGAAUAUAACUAUUUCAAUGGGCUAAUUAUACUGCAAACUUUGUUGUACGUGAAGAAAAUGUUCUUCUUGUGGUACAGUUAUACAAACAUUUCAUUUAUAAACUGUGCAGUUAUGAAAAAGAAGCUGAAUGAUUAGAUCACCUAAGAGAAGUUUCAGGUAUAUGUCUGUAAUGGUUUAGAAAUUUCCAUUUGUUUACGUUUAGAGUGGACUCCCUGUAUAUUUUUGCCAUCAAUAUCAAGAAUUUUCUUAUAUCACUCCCAGUAUUUAAUAAAUGUAUUUGAUGUUAAGUAAUUUUAGUUUUUCAAAAAGUUAUUUCUCUCUAUAUAA